AUGGUUAGAGUACAUAUAAAAUCUGAUGCACCUUUGUUUUCAGCUGAAGAUUAUUUAUAUAUAAUGCAAUGUUGUAAUAUAAAGCCAAGAUACAAAAUGUUAAAGGAAUUAUUAAAUAAAUAUAAAACAUCGUCAAAAUGGAUUUAUCAGAUCUGGAGAGAAGAAGAAGAUAAUAGGGUCACUUGGGAUCAACCUAUAUCUCAAUUAUAUGAAAUAAAUAAUAUAUCUAGCCAUGAAGUACCAGGCUUUAGCAAUAAUUCAUCUAAUAUAAAUAGCUGUAAAGCUAGCCUCUCGACUAAUGUGAACCACUCUGAAGUUUUAUUAGAUAAAUUAGCAGAGAUGGGAUGA